CUGCCGGGGCUUCAUAAGCCAGCCGCUGCCUGGCCGUGCCUCAGUAUUUACGCACCAGAGCUGAAGAUGGCACUGGCCGACGUGGAUCGCAGCGCGCCGGGCUGCGGGGACCCGGGCUCCCCGUUUUCCGAGAUCAUCGAGCUCAACGUGGGCGGACAGGUCUACGUGACCAGGCACAAAACCCUCGUCGCCGUGCCCGACUCGCUGCUGUGGAACAUGUUCAGCAAGAAGUCGCCCAAGGAGCUGGCGAGGGACAGCAAGGGGCGCUUCUUCCUGGACCGGGACGGCUUCUUGUUCCGCUACAUCCUCGACUACCUGCGCGACCUGAACCUGGUCCUCCCGGACUACUUCCCGGAGAAGAGCCGGCUGCAGAGGGAGGCGGACUUUUUCCAGCUGAGGGACCUGGCCAAACGGCUCAGCCCUCGGAUGAGCAAGGACAACUCCAUGAGCGAGGAGAUCAGCCAGAGCGACACGGAGGAGGGCGCGCAGCAGUGCGGCUCCUCCUCCGGCGGCGGUGCCAUGGACACUUUACGCACCGUGUCCACCGUGCGCUCCCCGUCCCUGGACUCCAGGAAGUCCGGCUACAUCACGAUAGGAUACCGGGGCUCGUACACCAUCGGCAGAGACAUCCAGACCGACGCCAAGUUCAGGAGGGUGGCGCGCAUCACCGUGUGCGGGAAGACCUCUCUGGCCAAAGAGGUGUUCGGGGAGACGCUGAACGAGAGCCGGGACCCGGACAGACCCCCCGAGAGAUACACGUCCCGCUACUAUCUCAAGUAUAAUUUUCUGGAGCAGGCGUUCGACAAGCUGACGGAGGUGGGCUUCCACAUGGUCGCCUGCAGCUCCACGGGCACCUGCGCCUACACCAGCAACGAUCCCAACGAGGACAAAAUUUGGACAAGCUACACCGAAUACGUAUUCUGCCGAGAGUAA